AUGCAACACGUGGCACUUGUGGCGCUUGCCGUCUGCGUCGGCGCAGCGGUGGAAUUCCGAUUCACAAAUGCUUGUCCUGUCAACGUGCUAGUGCAAAUGGACGAGGGCCGCGUGAUUUGCCGCCUCGGGCCAAAUGGGUCCACGUCCAGCAUGUGCCGCGCCACCGCGACUGCAGCCCAAGGCUCGUUUCGUGUCGUUGGAGACGUGUUGAGUCUGGCGUAUGCGCAGGACAUGCCCCGUGAUGCAUGGUGGCAAGUUCGGUUUGAAUUCCACGCUGGACCAGGCACUCCAACGACCGUCGCGCCCGUGGCAUUCCAACACGGGCCUUUGACUUGCCAGCCACUGUCGUCCACCGACUCGACCCGGCGGCCGACGCGGCACUGCCCGCUGAGCUACGGCCGAGUCCACGUCCGAUCGUGCUCGCGGUUCAGUCAGCCCAGCUCGCCCCGAUCCAGUCGCCAACCCGACAAACCAAGACAGUCGCACUCGUCGUAA